AUGGUGGUGCCACUCCAGACUGGUAACCCCCACCCUUACAGACUUAGCUUUGAGUUUCUUAGAUUUAACCUGACUAGUAGUAGCACUUCAUUUGUUGCUUCUUCUGCAGUGAUGUCUUCUCUAUCCCUCUUGCCCAUCAGAAUCUGGUCAAUGAAAAGAGGGGCUUGUAUAGUUGAAACAAGGGAUGUGGCAACUACUGACUUGGACGGAGAUGAGGUUUUCCCUGGACUCUGGAUUAGAUGGCGGCUGCUGAUAGGUGGACUAGAUAAAAAUCUUGAGCAGUAUUAUUCUCAGCCAUUGAGGGAGACUCCCUCGCAGGAGAGGACCUAUUAUCUGAGAAAUUUCCAGGAGACCACCUUUGGCCUCUGCAGCCUUCAACCAGUCACCCCCUCCAGCCGUCGCCGCCGACGCCUCGACUGUGCGCCUCCGCACACAUCGUUCUUCCCGUUGUCGUCCAUUUACGUCGGGCCUUUCGCCGCCUUCGACAGCACCGUGCACUGCCGUUGCGUCGCCUCGCCCGUCAGCCGUCUCGUCUCGGUCACCGUCACGUCGCGCCGCCUCCGUUCGCAUCGCGUCGUGCUUCACCUACAUCCGUCGAAUCACCACCGUCUGUUGCGGUGUCGCAUAGCCUCUGUCAGCCGCCUCGCCUCGUUGCCUUCGUCUACCAUCUCCUCCGUCAGAUGCCGCAUCGCCUUUCCUUCGUCCAUCACCGCCGCGUCGCCUCACAUCCAACCACCAUUGCGUAGACUCGUCUCCGACCACCGCUGCGUCUCGUCGGCUCCAUCCGCCGCCGUGACGCCUUUCCUACAUCCGUCAUCUCAUCGACCAGUUAAAUGGAAGAAGAAUGCGGCAGUGUUGCGACAAAAAUAG